UUCACAUGGUAUCAAGAGCCUAACCUAAUUUUCUCUCUUAAAUUUUUUUUUUUCUCGGCCGCCUCAUGUCUUCCUCGGCCACAGCAGAGGUUCCGACCACUACCAUCUCUUCCGCCGCAGCCACUCCAACCACGGCGCCGGAAUCUGUGAUCCCCACCACGAGUAUGAUGACACAGCAGUCUUCUUCCUCUACGAUCUCUGCUAAUUUAUCCAGCGGCGUAAUCAAUUCUCCAGGAUUACGUCCUUCGUCAUCAACUCUAUACUCAAAUUUUCCGCCACCACCAAUAUUUUCUGUGGCAGAACCGUAUACCCUUUUCCGCACGGUGCCGCGAAUUCCGACUCCGCCGCCGGUGGUUCAGACUCCUGCGCAUACUUCUCCACCUCCACCGCCUGCAUCUUCCUAUUUUGGCUCCACUUUUUCUGGUUCACCAGGUGUCAUAAGACCGGCCGAACAAUCUAUUUUUGGCUCACCCAUGGCGGCCCUUGCCCAAUCCGUGGCGCAUAUCACCACGAUCUCACAAAUUGUCACUAUUAAAUUAAAGGCGGUGGAAGACUAUCUCACUUGGCGCACUCAGUUCGAAUCCUUCUUGGUUUCUCAAGGUCUACUUGGAAUUGUUGAUGGCUCCAUAGAGGUACCCCCUAUGUAUACCAUUGAUUUUGCUAAUCGACAAGUUCCGAAUCCCGAUUAUUAUUACUGGUUACGAGUAGAUCAAACAAUUCGGUGCUGGUUGUUUGCUACGUUAACUCGGGAUGUUUUAGUUGAUGUUCAUGAUUUAAAACAUUUUGCUGCUAUCUGGACUCGACUUCAGACUCGCUUUAUGUCUGCUAGUCUACCACGGAGCAUGGAACUUAAACGGUUAUUGUCUACCAUCAAGAAGAAAGAAAAUCAAUCCAUGGAACUUUACUUACGAGAAAUAAAAAACAUUGUUGAUCCCCUUGCUGCAAUUAAUUCCCCUGUUUCGGAUAAAGAACUGCUAGAAUAUAUUUUGGCUGGCUUGGGACCUGAAUAUAAGUCCUUUGUUACUACUGUGUCCUUAUUUCCCCAUCAGUUCCCGUUUGAUAUAUUGCAACCCCGGCUCAUGGAAGAAGAACAAAAAGUUUUAUCUGAACAUCAACAACACCUUUCGGUUGGUCAUCAAGCAUUUGUGGCCGCUGCUGCCGGUGAACAGCCACCAGCAAAUUAUUCCACACGCGGCAGAGGAGGCCGCGGACGGGCUGGGGGUCGAGGCAGAACGGGACGCGGACGAGGCCGUGGUCCGCCGCCUCAGUACGGAGCACCACAGCAGUUGUUUGGGGCCCCACAGCCUUACUUCGGUCAGCAUCCUUCCGGCGGGCAGCAGUCCUAUGCCGGUCAGCAGGGUCAGCAACUUCCAGGAGGGCAGUUUGUUGGGAGACAGCAGCCUGGGUAUUCCAGCCCGACCUACGGCAGGCCGCCAGUUCCGUUUCAGGGGGUGCUAUCCUCUUCCUCAAACACUACAGGCUUUCCGUCGGGUGAGGGAAUUCUUGGGUCCAUCCCACCACCCGUAGUCUGUCAAUUAUGUUUCAAUGCAGGUCAUUCAGCUCUCCAGUGUCCUUCCCGCUUUAGUCAACCAUCUGCACCAGCCCUGCUUGCAAAUAAUGGUGAAUCCAAUUCUGCUUUAUGGUACCCUGAUUCCGGUGCAUCUGCUCACAUGACUCCUACAGAAGGACAAACUCUCGGGGGCGGUUCUUCUGCAAGCACCUAGUCAUGGUCACCUUUAUCCAGUCAGCCUCAGUUCUCCAUCACCGCUAGCUUUGUCAUCCAUUACUACCUCUGGACCCAUCUGGCACCGUAGAUUAGGCCAUUGUGGCACUUCUAUCUUACGUAGUUUACAAAGUCAGAAGCAUAUUUGUAGUAACUCUAGUUUUUCCCAUGAUUGUAUUUCCUGCCGCUUAGGCAAAUCUCAACGUUUACCUUUUACAGAUGCUAGUCAUCAUUGUACUAUGCCUUUGCAAUUAAUUCAUUCGGAUGUUUGGCAGUCUCCUAUUUUAUCUAA